CCGUCCGUCCGUCAAUGUGUCCAACCCACUGAUCUUUCGUAGACUGUAAUCUUAUCAGUGUCAAACCGUACCUGCCUUUUCCUCUCGGGCAGUUUCUGUCUGUCUUCGAGUGGCAUUUGCAAGACAAAUCUGGAUGAAAAAACGAUUUUGAUCAGAGAGAAACUUUAUUAUCACAGAGGUCUGUUUUUAUUUACUGCUACAGGCGCGUUUGCAUGUGGGAUAAAAUGAUAAUUUGACCGUUUUAAACUUUCGACCUGCAGAAGACAUGGGAUCUAAAGAAAGGAUUCUGUUACUUCUCUUCGCAAUAUGCACAGCCAACGUGUGCCUUUGUGCAAGAAAAUCAAGUGCUCGGAGAUCUGAUCGCCUGAGUCCUCCAUUAGACAUCCAACUGGAGACAGUCAACUGCACCGCCUUUAGUGUACGAUGGAAGAUGCCCCGGCGACACGUCAGCACCAUCACCGGAUACAAGGUUUUCUACACAGAGAUGAGGAAUGGUCGUCCGAUGGAUACAGGGUCUCUGAUGGAGGUGCCUCUCAACUUGGACAUGCUGACCACUGGCCAAUUUGAAGGACAAGCAAGCUUUGAUGUGGAGAUCAGUAAUCUUAAAAUGAACACUAAGUACAGAUUGACAGUCGGAGCGUAUGGUUGGGCAGGGGAAGGCCGACCCAGCAUGCCUAGAGACAUCAGCACUGCCACACAUGAUAAGUGCAUGCCCCCAUCACCCCCCACUCAGCCUGUCGUCAUGGCUGUAUCUGACACUGAGCUGGCGUUGUCAUGGCAGCAAGGAGAGAGCGAGGGAAGCGCACCUGUCCUUCACUUCCUGGUGGCCUACAUCAGGCCAGAAAUGGACACUGAGUGGACAUAUAUCCGUGAGCCCAUUGAGACUAACUCCAUGGUUAUGAAGGGGUUAUUACCGGAAACAGAGUACCAGUUUGUCGUCAGGGCGACCAACAUGCACGGAGUCAGCCCACCCAGCAACAUCAACAACCCCGUGCGCACUCUCGGUGCUUCUGAAGUUGGCAGUGGGUAUUACGGCCGUUACAUCACAGACUCAGGAGACAAAGAUGAAGAUGGUUUUGACAUUGAUGACUCUGAUUAUGACAUCUUUAUUGAGGAGUUAAAGCCAUUCCCAGGAAUCAAUAAAGACAACAGGAAGUCCCAGCUCCGUUCACGCCCUGAUAGUCCAUCUGGCCGUAACGUUGUUUAUCGUAUGAACACCAUCGCUCCCCGCAACGUUACUGCUACGCCUGCUUCCUCCACCACCUCAUCUAUCUUCCCAGAUUUCACAGAUCUGGUUUUCUCAUCCACCUCAGAGCCCAGGACCACCAGUUACACAAAAACCACGGCCCCACUUAGCACCACCAGCAACCCUUUUCCCACCACCACUACCGCCCCAACAUUGUCCCCCUGGAAAGGUGAGGUACCUCGUAUGUACGAGCUGACCUGCGAUGACACUGUGUGCCCCCCCGACAGCUUCUGUCUCAGCGAUUUCGACAGCGGAGGCUCCCGCUGCCACUGUAACCUCGGACGGAGAGGGGACAACUGCUCUGAGGUGGUAUCCGUGAACUUUCCCAGGUUCCAUGGCUUCUCUCACAUGACCUUUGAACCCUUGAAGAACUCUUACCAGACCUUUCAGAUCACUUUGGAGUUCAAGGCCGACUCUGAGGAUGGCUUGUUGUUAUACUGUGGAGAGAAUGAACACGCACGUGGAGACUUUACCUCUUUGGCUCUGGUGCGAGGCAAGCUGCACUACAGGUUUAACUGUGGUACAGGAGCAGCUCAAAUAAUAAGUGAGAGUCGUAUUGUGGUCGGUCAGUGGCACACAAUCACUCUCUCCAGAGAUGGCAUGAGCGGCUGGCUGCGAAUGGACAACGACAACCCAUUAUCUGGACGCUCAGAGGGCCAGUACACCAAGAUCACUUUCCGUUCCCCGCUGUAUGUGGGUGGAUCCCCGAAUGCUUAUUGGCUGGUCAGGGCAACAGGUACAAAUCGUGGCUUUCUGGGCUGCAUUCAGAGUCUGACCGUGAACAACAAGGUGAUAGACAUUAGACCCUGGCCGCUGGGCAGGGCUCUGAGCGGAGCAGAUAUAGGUGAGUGCAGCGACAGUGUGUGUGACCUGGUCAGCUGUGCCAAUGGUGGAGUUUGCUUUGCAAACCGUGCCGAUGGCUUCAUCUGUCUGUGCCCACUCGGCUUCAGGGGAGCACUUUGUGAAGAGAGUUUCUCACUGUCCUCCCCUCUCUUCAAUGAGACAGUGUUUUCGUAUGCUGUCAUCCCAUGGCCCCAGUCCUUACAGAGUUAUCUGUCCUUCAUGGAGUUUGAGCUGACGUUUAGGCCGUCGUUGCCUGACGGGACGCUGCUGUACAGUGACGACGCAGGCAGCGGAGACUUCCUGGCUAUCAACCUUGUGGACGGAUAUGUUGAGUUCAGAUUUGACUGCGGCUCUGGAGGAGCUACUAUAAGGAGUGACGAACGGAUCAGUCUGGACAAAUGGCAUGAGCUGAGGGUGUCUCGCACGGCAAAGAGUGGCAUCCUUCAGGUGGACAGCCAGAGGCCAAUAGAAGGAAUCACUGAGGGAGCUUUCACCCAGAUCAACUGCAGUUCACCUCUUUAUAUUGGCGGAGUGCCAGAAUACGAUAAAACCAAGAGGGCAUCAGGUGUGAUAAAGCCUUUCACUGGAAUUAUUCAGAAGCUGAUACUUAAUGAUCGCACCAUCCCAAUAAUAACUGGCUCAGCUGGUGGAGUUAAUGUAGCAAAUUCAGCUCACCCAUGUGUGGAGAGUCCCUGCGCCAACGGAGGGUCCUGCAGGCCGAAGUGGGACGGUUAUGAGUGUGACUGCCCCCUGGGGUAUGACGGGAGGCACUGCCAGAAAGAAUGUGGGAAUUACUGUUUGAACACUGUGACUGAAGCCAUUGAAAUCCCACAGUUCAUUGGCCGAAGUUACCUGACAUAUGACAACAGAGAUAUCCUGAAAAGGUUGUCUGGUUCUAGGACCAACCUUUUCAUGCGUUUUAAGAGCACAGCCAACGACGGCCUGUUGUUGUGGAGAGGAGACAGUCCCAUGAGAGCCAACAGUGACUUCCUGUCUAUGGGGCUUCAGGAUGGGGGACUAAUCUUCAGUUAUAACCUGGGCAGUGGUUCGGUUAAUAUCGCUGUCAAUGGGACCUUCACAGAUGGAAAGUGGCACAGAGUCAAAGCAGUGAGAGAUGGCCCGUCAGGGAAGCUGACAGUUGAUGACUAUGGAGCAAAAACAGGACGGUCACCCGGAAAGAUGAGACAACUCAAUAUCAACGGCCCCCUCUAUGUUGGUGGCAUGAAAGAGAUAGCCCUUCACACAAACAGACAGUACAUUGGAGGCUUGGUGGGCUGCGUGUCCCACUUCAUACUCUCCACUGAUUAUCACUUAGCUCUGGUGGAGGACGCUGCUGACGGCAAGAACAUCAACACCUGCUCCAACUAAAAUAAAUCGCUUCAAUACAAGAAGGUCUGUUUUCAGCUAUGUUUUUCAACUGGAAUGAACAACUCGACCAGUUGAAAACUGAAAGAAUAAAGUACAUUUUGCUCUGCCAAUUCUAGGCUGACAUUGUAUAGACUGGAAGUGGGAAAAGACUAACAACAUUGUUACUUCAAGUCACAAGAUGAUUUAAGUGGCAAGGUUUCCAAACCAACUCUAACCUGCCAAGUUUUAUGUUUUAUUUUCAUGUAACAACUUGUUGAUGAAUUGCUCUGAAAAACCGUUUGGACAUAUGGCAACAGCAAACGACCAAAGGAUAUUACAAAGCACAAGUUCUCUGUGAAAGGAGAUACAAGCUUAAAGUUAUGGGUAAUGGAGGUCUUUGAAGGAAUUUUUUUCCAAAUCGUAUAUUUAUUUUUUCUAAUGUUAAUCCUGAUUUGAUUGCUGGAAGAACUGAGUGAUUCGAAGGAUCGAGAGUCAUCACAACUUUUUCAUGAACCUGACCCACAGCAGCUAGCAGAGAUAAACUUGUUUGUAGAGGAUUUAGGUUUUGACCCUAGAGCACUUCUUGUUUGUUUUUGUGGAAUUGUGAGGCGUGUUCUUGUUGGUGACGUAUUAUCAGUCUGUAGACAAAUGUUUUUUUGAAAGUCUGAUUAAAGGUUGGUAGUUUUAAGGGACGUAGAUGUAAGCUGCACAUAAUAUUUAACCUUUAUAAACUCCUCUUUUAGUUUACAUGCUCCUUUAUUUGGAACAAUCAGAUACUGGUCACAUGAAAGUCAUGUUGACACGGUGAAGCAGCCAAAAUGCUGGUGGUAUUGUGCGUGACCAUAUUUGACUAUCAUCUGACACAAACCAAAUCCCUAUGGACUUCAGCCUGCAAAUUGAGCUUCUUUCACAACAGAGAAGAAAUUGAUUAUUUCUCUUAGUUAAGCACUUUAAGUGCAAGAUGAUACAUUUAGUGCUUUCUCAUGCUUAAGCCUGCCUAUUUGAAUUACUCUCGCUUAACAAACAACAAAACCAAUGUUAUAGUUAUAACAGGAGUUUGCAUCUUGGAUUUGUUUUGAGAAAAUAAAAUGUCUAGUUAUGGUGACAUUUUCGUUUUGAAGUCUGAAGGGAUCUAAAUUAAGCAAAUCCACACCUGUGUAACGUGAAUAAACAUACGUUACGUGAUUUACCACUGGGUAAUCAGAGGGGUUGACCAUCAGCUGUACACAACGUAGCACAUAUUGACUGUUGAACCAUGUGUGUAAAAUAGCUGUGUACCAUAGACUGUAGGAAAAUGUCGGUGUAGCAUCUGUGAUGUCAGCAUAUGUGUCAGUUAGUGAAGCCAGAUAAUCUACAUGUGUGCAUGGGAACUGACCUGGGUAGAGCUGGAGUGGGACGAGCAAGCAGGAACCAUCACGGCUGAGUGUGCUCAUCCCAAAGCUGACUGCUAAAUCAAGCCUUAAAACUGUAUCUCCGUUAAGAUCCCCUAAAAAUAAAAGAAUCAUUUACAGUACUAAAAAAGUGUAUAGAUCACCAUUUGUUAUAUGAUGAGAAGUUGAUUGUAGGCGAGUAUAAAGGAGUAUACCUUUCCAUUACAUUUUUGCAACCAUGAAAUAAACUAGGGAAGAUAAAAUAAGAUUUGAAUGGAUACACCACCAUCUUUUUUUAAAUUAUUAACAAGAAAUGUUCCCUGUAUUUGUAUUUGGUACACUGUGACAAUUGCCUGUCUAAAACUAGAGGCUGUGAUAAAUGCUAACCAAAUUAAAUAACUGAAUAGCUGAUUCAAUAACACAUUGUCAUGGUUUGUAAUGAAUGGUCGUGCUCUCUCGAUUUAUCUGGGAAGUGGAAGUCAAAAUGUCCAAACAACAUUUG